AUGGUGCCUACAAUGACCAGAAUGGGGUAUCUCGAGCCGAUGUCCAUCAUCUUGCUGACAGUAAGCACCCUCGCAGCGUACCUCCUGUGGACCAUUAUCUACAAUUUGUACAUGAGCCCACUCUCGAAAUUCCCCGGUCCACGACUCGCAGCAUGUACCAACCUACAAAACCUCUACUGGACCUCAACCGGACAAUACCACUACAAGUUGAAAGAGCUCCACGACAAAUACGGAAACGUCAUCCGUACUGGGCCCACAACACUCGUAUACCGAAGUCCACAAGCAUGGAAGGAUAUCUACGGCCACCGCAAACAAGGCGGGGGAUCAUUUCUGAAAGAUCCAAAAUUCUACCUGCGCGGGCCGCGCGGACCGAAUAUUCUCAAUGCAGACGACGCAGAUCAUUCUCGAGAGAGAAGACUUCUCUCCCACGCGUUUUCUGAGAAGGCCCUUCGAGACCAGGAAACUCUGAUUCAAUCCUAUGUUGAUCUGCUCAUCGAGCGACUCGAGGGUGAAAUCGCCGCGGGAAGACCGACCCUUGAUAUGACCCAGUGGUAUAACUUCACGACCUUCGAUAUAAUCGGCGAUCUUGCCUUUGGAGAGCCUUUCGAUUGUUUACGUGAUGGCCAGUAUCAUCCGUGGGUGAAGAUGGUCUUCGUCAGCAUGAAGGUCCUGGCCUUACAAAGACCGCUGGGUCUAUACCCGUUCCUUGCCCCGAUAGUGCGAGCGCUCACGCCGAAAAAAAUGACGAAGUUACGAGAAGAGCAUUUCGCGAUGAGCUCGGAGAAGGUCCAUCGUCGGCUAAAGACUAAAACGGAGCGUCCAGAUUUUAUGACAUACAUCCUACGAUUCAAUGAUGACCGGUCUAUGAGCGUGCGAGAAAUGGAGGCCAAUGCGGCUGUUUUGAUCAUGGCUGGGAGCGAGACAACGGCUAGUCUGCUUUCUGGGUUUACUUAUUAUAUGCUGCGGAACCCAACGGCCUAUCGAAAACUCGUGGAUGAGGUUCGUGGAUCCUUUUCCACUUAUCAAGAGAUCAAUUUCCAGAGUGUCGGUCACUUGAAAUACCUGAAUGCUGCGCUGGAGGAGACUCUGCGGAUUUACCCGCCUGUCCCAGCCACCACUCCACGAGUCGUACCCAGCGGUGGAGCAAUUAUUGAUGGGAAGUACGUUCCGGAAGGGGUAUCUGUUUCUGGAGCCCACUAUUCAACAUACCACGCCGAAUCCCACUUCACCAACGCAGAAUCCUUUAUUCCCGAGCGUUGGCUACAGCCUAGGCAUAAACGCUUCGAGUCAGACUGUCGAGGGGCACUCCAAGCUUUCUCGCUCGGUCCUCGCAAUUGUCUUGGUAGAAACCUGGCCUAUGCGGAGAUGCGGCUCAUCGGUGCCAAGAUCAUUUGGAGCUUUGAUCUGACGUUGGACGAGAGCUCGCGGGAUUGGAAUAUCCAGAAGUCCUAUAAUAUCUGGGAAAAGAAUCCAUUGAUAGUGAAAUUAUCGCAGGCGCAGAAUCUGUAA